CGCACUGAGGUUUUUAUAGCAACGGGUAGCAGCGCCUCCCGGGCUCCCCUCUCUCCAGCCUUCUUCCCUGGUUCCUCCUCCUCUGCCCCUCCCCGCGACCUUCACGGGGUCCCCUUGGAUCUUCCCUUCUCCCCGCCUCCUCCCCUGGCCGAAUACCCCCAAGAUUUCAACCCAUCUACCAGGGAAUGGCCUCCACUCCUGCCAAGCAUGAGGAGGCCAAGGACAGCCGGCUGUGUCAAGCUGCAGUCUCCCCGAGUGAGGGACCGAAGUUUUCAUUACCUCACUCUGAGGAGUUCCUGAGCCGGAUCAGCACAGAGCUCACGGAUGAGGCCUUGUUUAUAGCUUGCUGCCACGUGACCCCAGGGCCCCCCAAGGAAAAGCAAACGAAAGACCAGGGGACGCAGAUCUCACAGCAUGUGUUCUGCACAAAGACCAGAGGUACAGACACCCGAUCUGACAGGAACCGGACCCGCACCAAGGUGCACCUGCUGCCAUCCCCUCGUGCUAAGGGAGCUCUUCCUACCAGCUUGGCAGCCACAAGAUGAAUCCCACGCUGCUACCCUCCCAUCCCAUCCCCUGCUCUGCCCCCCC